AUUUUGCUAGGGUAGAGAGAUGAGGCCGCGAUGACGAUGGCGAGCGAUGUUACGCUCGUGCUACAAUCAGGUAAGUAGCAGCUCCAGGAAUUUCCAGUCGCGAUUGGCGAGCACAAGGGCCAAGAUUUCCAAGAAGAUCGACGUGGUUGAGACGAUCGGCCGCGUUCUCAGUGGGGGAUGGACGCCCGACACGGCGAAGAGGCUCGAGGGUCUAAAUGCUGGCCUUGUAGAGCCCCAGCAUGCCGUGGAGGUCGUGAAAUCCAUCAAAGAUCGCCGAGUAGCGCUCAAGUUCUUGAGCUGGGUGGAAGGCCAGCGCGGUUACUCUCAUUCCAGCGUCUCCCUCGAUGCCCAGAAGAGAGUCGUGAACCAGCUCGUCCAGCAGAUCCAGCAGCGCGGCCCGGGCUUCUUGGACGUGGACGAGGAAACUUUCAAGCUCGUUCUUCACAGCUUGGUGAGAGAUGGUCGAUCCAAGCUUUUGAUACCGGCUUGCGAGGCCAUGAUCGCGGCAGAGAAUGGUUUCAUGGCUGAGAAGGAUGUCCACAACGUUCUUCUCGAGAUUCUCGUCGCGACGAACUCCACGGACAAGGCCUUCGACGCGUUCAAGACGAUGGUAGCAUCCAACUUUGCUCCUCGAUCCUCGACGACGCUGGAGAGUUUGAUCCAGCUCCUCGCAGCGAAGCCGGAGGAGCGUCUCGCAGAGAUCGAGAGCGUGCUAGACUGCCUGGGAUCGCAAAAGGUGGCCGUGGAGUCCAAGACUUGGUCGGCCGUCGUUGCAGCGUUUGGGAAAGCCGGAAAGGGAGUUCGCGUCUACGAGAUCUUGAAAAGAAUGAGCAAGGCCAAGUGUGCUAUAGGUGGUGACGCUUAUGACUUCGUCGUGCAAAGCUUGGCUAAAGCGGGGAUGCUGGCACAGGCACUGGAAGUCUUCGAGAAGAUGAAGAGCGAGUCUUGCGUACCGUCACUCGUAACUUACAACGUCCUCAUCAACAGCCGCUGCAACGCUGGUGAGUUUGGAAAGGCUCUCGAUCUGUUCCAGAGUAUGAAACGCGAGAAGAGAGUGGAGCCGGAUAGAUGGACUUACAACACUCUCAUAUCCGGGCUUUGCAGCUCGGGGAACACCGAAGGUGCCAGGAAGCUUUUGUCCGAGAUGAGAGACAAGAACAUCGCGGCCAACGUCUUUACUUACAGCUCCAUCAUCAAGAGCCUGGUGAAGGAGGCAAAGCCCGAGGAGAGCUACAAAGUUUUGGAAGAGAUGAUGGCAGCCGGGUGUAACCCCGAUGUGUUUGCCUUCAACGGCGUCAUGCAAGGCUUUGCGAGGUCCAACAACAUGGAGAAGGCGAGAGAAGUAUACCAACAUAUGGUGGAAAGCGGAUACAAGCCGGACAACGUCUCGUACCACAUUCUCAUCCACGGCCUCGCGAAGAUUGGCAAGCUUGACGAGUCCUUGAAGAUCCUGUCCGAGAUGGUGAUGAGAGGACAGACGCCGUCCAUGCAGGCGUACUCGAGCCUCGUUCGAGCGCUAGCCAAGGCGCGGAGAGUCGACCACGCGAGCAGCCUGUUCGACGAGAUGAUUCGAGGCGGCCACCACCCGGACAGACUUAUGUUCUACGAGCUCAUACUCGGCCUCUGCCAAGCGGGGAAGGUGAAAGAUGCCUCGGAACGCUUCAAGCAGAUGCCCAAGCACGGCUGCCAACCAAACGUCCCCGUUUACAACGUUUUGCUCCACGGCCUGUGCUCCUCCGGCCAGCUUGAGCAAGCCAACACCUUGUUCGCCGAGAUGAAGAGCCACUCGUGUUCUCCGGACGUGGUGACUUACAACACGCUGCUCGACGCGGUAUGCAAAGCCAGAAGGGUGGAAGAAGGCUGCAAGCUCUUCGAGGCGAUGCGAGCUGCUGGCUACGUCCCAAACGUGAUCACUUUCAGCACGCUCAUCCACGGGCUGUGCCGCACGGGGGAACUGGAGAAGGCCUUGGAAGUCUUCGGCAGCAUGCUCGAGGCCGGAUGCAAGCCAAACAAGUACACUUACACGACUCUCAUCUCGGGGCUUUGCCGGGCCGAGAAGGUGAUCCAAGCCAGGGAGCUCUUCGAGAAGAUGACUCAAGCGUGCAUUCCCCCGGACGCGGUGGCCUACAACUCGCUCAUCGCCGGCUACUGCAAGAGGGGCAGCAUGGACGAGGCCGAAAAGCUCUACAGGGAGAUGUCCGGCGGCGCAGGCUUGCAGCCAACGAUUGUGACUUUCAACACGCUCAUCGAUGGGUUUUGCAAGCUGGGGAAGCUGGGCCGAGCGAACGAGCUCGUCGCGGAGAUGGGAACCAAAGGUCUCGCGGCUGAUUCUUGCACGUAUCGCAUCCUCAUCGCGGGACUGUCUCGAGCGACGAAGCUGGACGAAGCUCUGGAGGUUUACAAGCAGAUGAGGGAGAAGAAGUUCUUGCUGGAUCCCGUGAGCUGCGUGAGCUUCGUUGGAGGGCUUUGCAAGACGGGAAACAUCGACCAGGCUUAUGCGGUGUUUGAGGCGACGAGGAAGAGCGGCGCGGUGCCAAACCCGGAGACGUUUAGGAUCCUUUCCGAGAGCUUGAUCAAGCUUGGCAGGGUUGAGGAUGCGCAAAAGUUGAUGGAGCCGGCAAAGGCCAGAGACAUCACAGCACAAUAACAAUAAAAAAAAGACAUUUUAGUUGAGAAGUAGAAAUAAAAGUAAUUGAGCAGGAUUUAAUCUUUAUUCUCAAUUUCACAACUGUGCGAAGGAAUUCACAUUUCCUUCUUUUUAUUUUCC